CUUCUCCUUCCUUCAUCUCACUACCGACCGCAUACCCAGGUGACGGGUGUCAUUUCCUCCGCGUCACGACAUCAGGCGCGAUUUUUGCAUCAAUUCAGGAUUGUCAGGGAAAUACGCGCAGCAAUAAAGAGCAAGGGAUUCAGUUGAAACAGUUAUUGGAAAGGGAAGAGGAACUAGCAACUUGUGGUUAUUGAGGUCCAGGAAAAGAUUUGGAAAGAAAACGACAUCAUCGACAACAUGGCCGCUUAUUCACCCUACGAGUCUACCCGGUACCGGGACGUCUACGCCCACUACGACGAGGACAGGUUCGCCAGUGCCUCGACAACACCUUCGCCCCGGCAACCGGCAUACUUCACCGAGCUUCCUCCCCGACCACAACGACCGGCCACGCGGGCUCACUUCCGGUCCGGCAGUGUCAGCGGCUACACCAACGCUUACAGCAGCCCUCGCGGCUCCUUUUCUCCCCGCUACACCAGCGACGGCCACUAUGCCACUGCCAAUGUGAGUCACUCGCGGUCAUCGCGCAAGCAAAGCUUUUCGGACCCUCGCUCCAACUCCAAGAGUGAGCGGCGAAGUUCCUAUUCCUAUUAUCGGGCCUCGGACUCCCAUGGAGAAUCCGACGAAGACGAGCUGGACCGGCUGAAUCGGCUGGUCGAGAUCGAGCUCGACGGCGUCAUCUACAUGGUGCCUGCGCAAUCGAAAUCCAAGCGAUACAGCACCCGGGAUUACUUUACUGUCAAUGCUGGUGGACAAGGAACUGAUUACCACUGCUAUGCACAGGCCGGCCCGCACCGUGAUUAUUAUGACAGAGAGUCCGCGUUCCCUUCCCCCAGGUACGACUCGGACCGGACGGACCGCAGGCCUCUCGCAGGACAACGUCGCAGUUCCACAUCACAUGCAGUCCCCCAGCGCCCCCAGACAGCCAGGCCAGCCAGCUCCUCUCACAAGAAGCCUCCACCGCCGACACGUGUGGCGACCGAGGAAGAUGCCAAGAAUUGGAAGAUCCCUCCCGGGUAUUCGUUGAAGAACUGGGAUCCCACGGAGGAGCCCAUCAUGCUGCUUGGAAGUGUCUUUGAUGCCAACUCCCUUGGCAAAUGGAUCUAUGACUGGACUGUUUACCAUCACGGUCCCGCUACCCCUAUCUCUGAGAUGGCCGGAGAGCUGUGGCUGCUCCUGAUCCAGUUGGCCGGAAAAAUCAAGCGUGCCGAUCAUUGUAUGGACAAAGUCCGUACCAAGGAGAACAAGGAGAUCCUCCAGGAAUUCAUGGAGGCCGGUGACCGCCUCACCGACAAGCUUCGCAAGCUUCUCAAGGCCUGUGAGGCUCCCAUGCUUCGCUCUACCGCCAAGCAACGGAGCUCUUCGCUCGGCAAGGGCGCUGGCGUUGAGUUUGUCGACACCCUCUUCGGACGUGAGCGGGAGCUGGAGAAGACGGAGCGUUUCAUGUCCCAGGUCCGCCUGUGGAAUCUUCGCUUCGACGCCAACUGCGAGGAUAUCCUUCGUAACCCGACCGCUUAAUCCCCUCUCAUAUUCACCCCUCAAUAAUUCGAUAUACCCUCCGACAAGACUGGUUGUACGAUAAAGGGGAGGAGUCCAGCAGCAACGACAACAACAGCGGGGCGGUCAUCAGACACGACACCCAUUUCCUAUCAAUGAUACCCAAGACUGCCAUUUCUACGGCGCGGCGUGGUGCAAAACUACGGCCCGCCCAAAGUCAACUUUA